CCUAUAAUAAUACAACUUACAUAGCUAUUUCCAGGAAAUUAUUAGGGAAUUGUGGAAGAAGUUAAUCUCAACAUAAAGAUCUAAAUGGUGUUUAAGCCCUCUCGGUUGACAGGGAUACAAAUUCUGAUGGAGAAAUACUGAUCAUUUGUCUAUUUUGUUGGUCUAUAAUUUGUCUAAUUUAUAUAUAGGCCUACUGAAGGGGAAAAUACUGAAGUCAGUCUAAAUAAUAACCUAUGUUUCCCCUUUGCUAAACCCCAGUUUCCCGGAAAUAAUAUCCAUUACAUGCAAAGUGGCUCUGCCCAUACACAGCCAAACUCUGUAUAUUACCUGUGUGCUUUACAAUAUUUGGGACAAACACGGUGUGCUUGUAUGUCUAUGUAUGUGUGUAUGUGCGUGUAUGUGUGGGCUCAGUGCUCACGGUUUCGCGAGAUGUGGACAGAGGAUUAGAGGAUUGGUGAAUCGGUGUAAGCGCAGCCGCUGGGGUGUGAGCAGCAUCAGCAUCUCUCCGCUGGAUGCGGAUCACCGGAAGGAUGCUGUGACAGAGAGGAAGCGUGGGGAUUGUGUUGUGUUAACGCUGUAUCCCAUUAUAAACAACUCCGUCCUCAAAACCAGACCCCGUCCAUUUUUAUUUUAUUUUGUUGUUAUUUUUUGUUUCGCUAUUGAUUGCUGCCAUGUUCCCAUCGUGUUGUUCUAAGACCGCGGACAGCGGCGCUAAACGGAGCUCCAUCGCUAAGCUGCUGCUCGGGGUCUUUGUGGUUUAUAUGCUCCACACCGUCUGGCUGCUGUGCGGCUUCCUCAACACCAAACCCUGCGAUGGAGGGAGAGGGGAGCACUGCAUCGCCUCCUACCUGACAGCGAGACCCAGACUACAGCUGAGUGUCUUCACCUGCCUUGUGCCAGACAACAGCCAACUCCACCUGGCUGUGAAGAUAGACCCAUUUGACCCUCACUCUACAUUUGAAAGGCAUGUGAAUGUCUCUCUGCCACAGGAGACUCGAGCUAAUGGCACAUUGUAUGCAGUCGUAUAUGUUCACAAAGCUGGUGUGUCACCUCUGGAGGACAGCAGAGAAGUCCACUACGCAGCUCAGCUCACCACCUACAUCGUUCCCACACACGCUGAGGGGCAGAGAGACAAGCAGAAGAGGCCCAGUCCCAGAUCAGAGAAUCCUGUAUCCCACUGGAGACCACACCUGUCAAUCACUAUGAUGUCAGAGGACUUCACCUUCAACAAGGCGGGGCUUCCUAGUGAUGUGCGGCGCUACAUGAGAGUCUCUCAGGAUGGCCAACAGAUGAUCUACCUCCCUCUGCUGCUGGUUAAUGAGCUCAGCUUCAGAGUCAGAGACCUCGUGGAGAUCAGCAGCAGCACUGCCCAGCUCCCUCUGACAGUGUCCUAUGAGGGAAUCUCUUUAAGGGGAUUCAGGUUCUGGGUGCAUCUACAGGAUGUUGUUUAUUCCCUGCGACAGUUUGGCUUCACAGAGGAGAACAUAGAUGAGAUUAAAGAGACGUUGGUGGACUCCAACCUCUACCUGUUAGUGCUGACUGCACUCAUCACAGCUCUACAACUCAUCUGUGAAUUCUUGGCUCUUAAAAAUGACUUCAGCUCGUGGAGAAAAAAGAAGAGCAUGGCAGGAAUGUCCAGGAAGUCUGUUCUGUGGCGUAGUCUCAGUACUUUGCUGAUUUUCCUCCAUCUGCUAGAGGAGACCAGCCUACUGGUGCUGCUUCCUGUUGGACUGGGAGCGUGUGUAGAGGUGUGGAAAGUGUUCAAAGUGUUUAACAUCCAGCUGCAGUGGAAAAGCUCCAGACUCUAUGUAAAAAAGCUGGACGAAGAAGAAAGAAAGACAGUGGAAUACGAUACACAGGCGUCCAGAUACUUGUCCUACUUGGUCUAUCCUCUGUGUAUCAGCGGAGCUAUUUUUUCACUGGCCUAUUUGCGCCAAAAGAGUUACUAUUCCUGGUUGAUCAACAGCCUGGUGACCGGAGUGUAUGCCUUUGGCUUCCUGUCUAUGGCCCCACAGCUCUUCAUCAACCACAAGCUGAAGUCUGUGAGCCACCUGCAGGGGACAGUGUUGAUGUACAGAGGAGUGAACACGCUGAUCUCAGAUCUGUGCUCUUGUGCCUCCCUUUUCUCCUCUUCUGGAUCCUUCUCCUCCUCACAUCAACUUUCCUGCUUCAGAGACGAGCUCCUCUUCUUCCUCUACCUCUACCAACGAAGACGCUACGCUCCCAAGGCCAGGAGGCGAGAGUCUGGGACCCACAGCAAGAAACUAAAGACUCAAUGAGGAGAAUUCUUCUCCUUCCUUUUUCUGAAAUGAAUACACAAACACACAAAAACUCAUCUUUGAAACACGGCUGAAGUUGUAAAACGGACACUCAGGCAGGACACUUGGCCAGGUGUGCCAUAGCAACUUCAAACUUAUCCAAGAUGAGCUGUUCUGCUUCUGACUCUUCACUGCUGUACACUGACGGUGCUGCUGUUUGCUGCUCGGCAUCAGUGAAGCUUCCCCUUUACUGCUACCAUGACUGAACUCAUUCCCAUACAGACACUCUCUGCUUCACAUAUUAUGCUGGCCUGCCUUUCAAGAAGAAUAUCAACAGUAUUGUUCCACCAUCGUAACGUGUAUUUGCUUGAUUCUGCUUUUUAUGCACACAUAAGGGGGUUAUGUAUUCAGACCGGGGUCAUAAGCUUGAACCAUGAUUCUCCUUUAAAAUUGACUUUAAUAUUUUAAUGAAGCUGGUGCCGCCCCUAAAUACAGGCAUAAAAUGACUGAUAAAAUAAUUUAGAAAAAAAAAAGUGAAGUGAAGCUAUAUGAAGAUUUAUGUUUAUAUAAACUGAAAUAUUUAAACCAAGACAACACAAUUUGUAAGGUUGCACAAUUACUUAACGCAACAUAUUUUGUUUCUUUUGAAACGUUAUGAUCCUGGCUAGAGUUUAAAAUACAUUUCUGUGGUUUUAACAUUGCAUAGCUUUGCAACACAAGUGUGUAAUGAUAGACAGACAGGGGGGUCCCGCAGGGUUGCAGUUAAGCAACAUGGCCUCAGACAGCAAUGAGAAGAUCAGACCAGCAACAUGAAGCACUUUUACUCUUCAUUUAGUUUGAUCUACCUGAUGUGUAGAUUUGAUGUUAGUCUUGUAUGUCUAAAAUGUCAUUACAUAAAGUCUGUUUUGUCUUCCUUAAUGUUCCAUCACAUAUUACAUACAGUCUCUACUGUAUUAUUUAAAAAAAUUCUUACUUUGAAAUGUUAUAUAACAUAUAAAAAGAGAUUGCACUACUGCCAGCAAGUUGACCACUUAUCGCUAAUAUCCUUACAGCAUGUGUCUAUGAAAUCCCUGCAAUGCAUUAGGACUUAGAACAGCUGCUCAGUCUGUUUCCUUUCAUUCUGCACACAAAUGCAUCACAUAAUAUGAAGAAACAUUUAUCUACUGUAAAUGAAUUCUCCAAAUUUUAUCCAGCUGUUUAUUAUGAUUGUUUUACACUGAUCUCUGCACUAAUUUCCGCUUUUUUGCUGACGGAACUGCUUGAAGCUGGAGAAUAAUUUACAAAAUUCUAAUUAGUUUUUUUAUUAUUUUAUUGCAUUGUGCUUGUUUUUUUAAUAAUAUGGAAUAAAGGUUUAUGCAAAUCACUUCAA